AUGAGAGGAGAACCGCAGAAGAGUGGAGUCAUGGGGAAGAGUACAACGACGCUGGAAAAAUGCCUCAUCUUUCUGUUCGUGGGGAUGACCUGCGCCUGCGUUGGGCUGGUCGUGGUCUACUUCACCGACAAACCUGAGCCCACCAAUGAAGAACUCCUGCCGUCGGGUUGUGGAGGUCCUCAGGAGUUGUCUGCAGAGUCUGGCACCUUCACCAGCUGGAACUACCCCAACAGCUACGAUAAUGGCAAGAGCUGCUCCUGGCACAUCACCGUGGAGCCUAACAAGGUGAUCCAUCUGUGGUUUGAGGAGUUUGCGCUGGAGGAAACACAACUCUGCACGGGAGAUUUUGUGACUCUGAGAGAUGCGCUGGGCGUCAUUGGUAAAUACUGUGGCUACUCCAAACCAAAGCCGAUUGUGACUCUGACCAAUCGUCUGACCGUUUACUUCGACACCAACGAAAGAAAAACAGACCAAGGAUUCAAGGCUCAUUACAAAGCUGUGGCCCCCGAAUCAUCGUCAGAAAUAACCGGGGCCGGCGGUUUUCUCCAAGGUGACCAGGGGAAUCUGCAGACCCCAGGCUCUCCGGGGCAGAACUACCCCCACGAUGCACUCUAUCAGUGGAAAAUUACAGUGCCGGAGGGGGAGCGGGUCCGGCUCACGUUCACGUCCUUUGACCUGAUCCCAGAGGUGUGUGGAGACUUCGUACAGGUCUACGAUGGAGAGGGUGCUGGCUCCUCAUUACUGGGUAAAUUCUGUGGCGGCUCCGUCCCCAAGCCGGUGGAGACAGCGAUGGGAAACACAAUGGUGGUGCGCUUCAAAUCUGACAGCACCUUGAGCUCCAAAGGAUUUACCGCAGUUUUCACUAAGUCCAGCCUCCCUCCUCCUGUGAUCCCCUCGACUACACCAAAACCAACCACCACAGCCAAACCGAGCACCACCGCGCACACGACCGCAACCACCAAUCCUCCCACCUCAGGCUGUGGAGGUCCUGCUCUGAUCAGUGGGAGAAAAGGCGUCAUACACUCCCUGGGGUUUCCAAAUGCAUAUCCGCCCCAUCUGAGGUGUAACUGGACCAUUACCGUGAGCAGAGGGUUCAUGGUCAAACUGCAGAUCACUGACCUCGCCAUCACAGGAGACGCGGGCCAGUGCGGCGACGACAAGCUUGUCAUCUCGGAUAAAUUCAACACGCUAGCGACUCACUGCGGACACCUCCUCCCCCCUGUGCUGGUCAGUGCCAGUGACACAGUCUCUGUCACCUUCCAGUCUGACAGUCGCCUCACAGACCGAGGCUUCUCUGCCAAGUGGGAGGCUGUGUACCCCGAGGAUAUCACAGAGAUCCAGGGCUGCGGCUUUACUUCCAAAGAGGAAACUGGGAUCAUAAAAUCCGCCAAUUGGCCCAUGAAUUACAAGCCCAAUUCCGAGUGCAUGUGGAAUAUUGUGCUUCCUUUGGGGAAAAAGAUCUACUUCAACUUCACCCACUUUGACCUGGAGGCAAAAGACAUUUUUACAUCCAAGUGCUACGACGAUAUAAUGAUUUAUGACGUCAACACAGUAACGAACAGCAUCCAGAAAUAUGGUCCAUUCUGUGGGACUAAGUUGCCGGCGGGAAUCCAGACUAAAGGAAACCGGCUGGUCCUUCGUUUCCAUUCGGACCUGUUAACCGAGGCUAAAGGCUUCAGGGCUCAUUGGACUACAAAUCCUAGCGUCCCCCCUCCAACUGAUCCGCCCACACCACCGAACCCCUGGGACGGAAUCGCUAUAGACUGGCCAAGCACUUGUGGGAAACCAGCGAUCCCUCCUUCCAUUACGACGCGCAUUGUGAACGGAGAGCCAGCCAAACCCCACUCCUGGCCCUGGCAAGUCUCCAUGCAGGUUUUGCCAAAUUCUCGACCCACUCACGCGCACAUCUGUGGAGGGACACUAAUCCACAAGAACUGGGUCCUAACAGCCGCCCACUGCUUUAUCAAUUACGCGGACGAGCUCCAUCGGUGGCGCAUGUGUCUGGGCAAACACAACCUGACCUUCACCGAGCCCACCGAGAACUGCCUCAAUGUGACUGGCAUCUACCGGCACGAAGGCUUCAAGUACCCCACCGUGCCCACCGUGGAGUUCGACAUAGCCCUGGUCCGACUGGAUGGGGCAGUGACGCCGACCGACGAGAUCUCCUUCGCCUGCCUGCCUUCAGAAGAGGAGGUGCUGCCUGCAGGGAAGAAGUGCUAUGCGUCGGGUUGGGGAGAUGAAACAGGUGACUCUCUGAACGCUAAAGCCUCUGAGACCCUAAACCAGGUGGCGCUCCCCGUGGUCCCGUACGACACGUGUAAGAGGAUGGACUACUGGUGGUUUCAGGUCAAGCCUUCAAUGAUCUGCUGUGGCUACACUCUCCCUGAUGAGCUCAAGUCUGUCUGUCAGGGAGAUUCUGGGGGUCCCCUCGUGUGCCAAGAUGCCCCUGGAGGUGCCUGGGAGGUCCAUGGCAUCACUAGUUUUGGUCCCAUCGGGUGCAUCAUGGACAAGAAGCCUUCUGUGUGCACCUCUGCCUACCUGCCCUGGCUGGAGAACGUCAUGCGCAGAGACAUCUACAAUGAGCACACAUCUGGCUGUGGUGGGCCGAAGGACAUGACUGGCACAGCGGGCGCACUCUCCUCUACGGGAUUUUCUGGCAGCUACAGCAACGAAGCUCAGUGCCAGUGGAACAUCAGGGUGCCCGAUGGCAAACUCGUCCACCUCCACUUCCAGAACUUCUCCCUGGAGGAGAGCAACGGGUGCAUCUACGACAAAGUCAGCAUCACAGACCAGCUCGGGAGUCUGGGCACCCACUGCGGUCAUGUAGCCCCUCAGGAUAUAGUCAGCAUUUCUAACACACUGCACAUCAGCUUCUCCUCCAAUGAAAAAGUAGUGGACACAGGUUUUCACGCCCAGUGGAGAGCCGUGGACGCUUCAGAAGCACCAUGCGGAGGCAGCUUCAGCUCUGAGCAGGGAGAGAUGACGUCUCCGAACUGGCCCAAUGACUACGCGGCCCAGUCUGUUUGCACAUGGACUGUCAAAAAUCCCAGUGCAUCAAGUAUCCAUGUGGCGUUCACCCACUUUGAGUUGCAAGCUGUGAACGUGCUUGGCAAAUGUGUGGACUACGUGGAGGUUUUCAACGGAGCAACGAUGACAUCAAUAGGUCGAUUCUGUGGAUUUGCCCCUCCGAACGCUAUUACCGUCCCUGCGAACAGCGUGAUCGUGCGCUUCGUCAGUAAUAGAGACAAUCAGCAGAGUGGUUUCCGUGGAUACUGGACCACCAAUCCUGCUGUUAUUCCCACCAUUCCUCCUCCACCUCCUAACCCCUGGGACAACAUCACCAUCACCUGGCCUAAAGAUUGUGGGCAGCCCGCGAUCAAACCAAGUAAUGCCACUCUGAGGGUGGUCAAUGGAGUGGAGGCCGUGCCCCAUUCAUGGCCCUGGCAGGUUUCUAUGCAGGCGACCCUCCUUUUGCCCAUUCCAUACAUGCACGGCUGUGGAGGAUCUCUAAUUCACGAAGAAUGGAUUCUCACUGCUGCACAUUGUUUCAUGUUCCCUCUGAACAAACCCUCUUUUUGGCGAAUGUGUUUGGGGAAGCACCACAUGAACUCCUCGGCGGACGUCCCAUCGGCGGAGGCGUGUUACAAAGUGGACGGCAUCAUUCGUCACGAGGGCUUUGUGUACGAGCAGGACUCCUCAGACAUCACCAACGACAUCGCCCUGGUCCACCUGUCGGAAAAGGUCAACAUGAGCAGAGAGAUCAGCCCCGUGUGCCUGCCCAAACCCGGGGCCGUGAUGCCCGCCGGGACGCCCUGCUUCGUCACGGGAUGGGGCGAUGAAAAAGGAAACCUCUUCCCCAAAGUGGCUGAGCAGCUGAACCAGGCCGCCCUCCCCGUUAUAGACUUCGCCACCUGCAGUAAGCCGGCGUACUGGUGGGACACUCUGAGGCCCUCUAUGAUCUGUGCAGGGUACGGCUCUCCUGAUGAACUCAAGUCUGCCUGCCAGGUAAAGACUUACACUUACACUUACACUUAG